CCACCUUUCCCCUCACAUUUCUCCUUCUUCUGUCCAUAGUAGACAUUACCCCCUCUCUCUCAGUCUUCAUCCAAACAUCUCGAUCAUAUCCAUUGUUAUCAUGUUUACCGCUAGAUCAGCUUUCUCGGCCAUUGGAAGACGUGCCUUCUCUGUUUCUGCUCAGCAGAACUCCAAGGUUACUGUUCUGGGAGCUGCUGGUGGCAUUGGCCAACCUCUAUCUCUACUUCUCAAGCUCAAUCCUAGAGUUAGCGAGUUGGCCUUGUACGAUAUCCGGGGUGGACCAGGUGUUGCUGCCGAUAUUUCUCAUGUUAACACAAAAAGCAAAGUUACCGGCUAUGACGCGGUCCCCGAACAAUUAAAGGCUGCACUCGAGGGUGCCGAUAUUGUCCUUAUCCCUGCUGGUGUUCCCCGCAAGCCCGGAAUGACCCGUGACGAUCUUUUCAAAACCAAUGCCUCCAUCGUUCGUGACCUGGCCAAGGCCGCUGCCAACCAUGCGCCUAAUGCUAAGCUCCUUAUCAUCUCCAACCCCGUCAACUCUACCGUCCCUAUCACUGCAGAAGUCUUUAAGUCCAAGGGUGUCUACAACCCCAAGCGCCUCUUUGGUGUUACCACUUUGGAUGUUGUCCGCGCUUCGAAAUUCAUCUCUGAGAUCCAGGGAACCGAUCCCGCCAAUGAAGAGGUCACCGUUAUCGGUGGCCACUCCGGCGUCACCAUCGUUCCUCUCCUAUCCCAGUCAAACCACCCCUCUAUUGACGGCGAGACCAGAGAGGCCCUCGUGAAACGUAUCCAGUUUGGUGGUGACGAGGUUGUCGAGGCUAAGGGUGGUGCCGGUUCUGCUACCCUCUCUAUGGCUUUCGCUGGGAGCCGGAUGGCGGAUUCCCUUCUACGUGCUUCAUAUGGUGAAACCGGGAUCUUUGAGCCUGCCUUUGUCCAGAGCCCGCUCUACAAGGACGAUGGCUGUGAAUUCUUCUCCUCCAGGAUUGAGUUGGGUCCGGAGGGUGUUAAGGAGAUCCACCCUGUCGGAAAGGUCAGCAAGUAUGAGGAGGGACUGAUUGCAACUGCCCUCAAGGACCUUGCGACCAAUAUCAAGAAGGCAUGGCACCUGGUACCCCAUUCAUUCAUGCCAUUACUAACCCCCAUCUAGGGCCAGGAAUUUGUUAAGGCAAACCCAUAAGUAGGCAAUGGCUGGAUUCCUUGAAGGGAGUUACACGGUUUGUUUCGUACGUCGUGAUUUACAUGUGUUUUCUUUAGUGUCCGUAGACCGCGGGGAUAUGUGUUAAAUGUCUCAUACCCUUGAA